AUGGGCACCCGAUACUUCCUGGCUCUGUUUCUCAUCCUCCUGGUGUUGGGAUUCGAGGUCCGGGGCGACCCUGUGCCCCAGCAAGAAGAGACUGCCAGCCCUGCCCUGCUCACCAAGGUGCAGGAAUCACUCUUAGGUUACUGGGAUCUAGCCAAGACAGCUGCCCAGAAGCUGUACAAGAAGACAUACUUGCCCACCAUGGAUGAGAAAAUCAGGGACAUAUACAGCAAAAGCACGGCAGCUAUGACCACCUAUGCAGGGAUUUUUACUGACCAGGUCAUUUCUCUGCUGAAGGGAGAACAUUAA